AUGGCGUUCCUAUUCGGUGCAUUCCUGGGCCUGGUGGUGGGCGUGGCCGUCGUGAUGGCGUUCGCGCGAUUCGAGAACAGCCGCGCCGAGCAGCGCCGUGAGCUGGCUGCUAUAGCUGCAGCUUUCUCGAAGUUGACUGUACAGGAUUUGAGGAAGCUCAUCCCACCUGAGUUCUAUCCAUCAUGGCUUAAAUGGCUGAAUCAAGAGUUGGUAAAAAUCUGGCCAUUUGUCAAUGAGGCUGCAUCAGAGUUGAUUAAAACUUCUGUGGAGCCUGUUUUUGAGCAGUACAAGUCAUUCAUCUUGGCCUCCCUCCAUUUCUCAAAGUUGACACUUGGUACCAUUGCCCCUCAGUUUACUGGUGUUUCAAUCUUGGAGAGUGAUGAUUCUGCCAUCACCAUGGAACUCGAGUUGCAAUGGGAUGGCAAUCCCAAUAUAGUACUUGACAUCCAAACAACACUUGGAAUUUCUCUUCCUGUACAGGUGAAAAAUAUUGGAUUCACAGGAGUACUUCGGCUCGUAUUCAAACCUCUGGUGGCUGAAUUCCCCUGUUUUGGAGCUGUUUGUUGUUCUUUAAGGGAGAAGAGCAAGGUGGAAUUGACCCUCAAGGUUAUUGGUGGCGAAAUGACUGCUAUUCCAGGAAUUUCUGAUGCAAUUGAGGGGACGAUACGUGAUACAAUCGAGGAUACACUGACAUGGCCGAAUCGCAUAAUUGUUCCCAUUGUACCUGGAGACUAUAGUGACUUGGAGUUGAAACCUACUGGGGUAUUAGAAGCUAAACUGGUGGAAGCUAGGGACCUAAAGAACAAGGACCUUGUGGGAAAGUCAGACCCUUUUGCAGUGCUAUACAUACGUCCAUUGCGUGAGAAAACAAAGAAAAGCAAAACAAUUAACAAUGAUUUGAACCCCAUCUGGAAUGAGCACUAUGAAUUUGUGGUUGAGGACAUAUCUACGCAGCACUUGACUGUAAAAAUUUAUGAUGAUGAAGGACUCCAAGCAUCAGAGAUCAUUGGCUGUGCUCGAGUAGACUUAGCUGAUCUACAGCCAGGAAAAGUGAAGGAUUUAUGGUUAGAUCUUGUGAAGGACCUGGAAAUUCAACGAGACAAGAAACCUCGUGGUCAGGUUCACCUGGAGCUCCUCUACUACCCUUACGCUAAGCAUGAAGGGGUUCCUAACCCUUUUGCUAGCCAGAUUCAACUAACUUCAUUGGAGAAGGUUCUCAAAACCGAGUCUAAUGGAUAUGAUGUUAAUCAGAGGAAAAAUGUUAUUACGAGAGGAGUCCUUUCGGUAACGGUCAUAUCUGCAGAGGACUUGCCACCUAUGGACAUUGGUGGCAAGGCUGACCCAUUUGUGGUCCUGUACUUAAAGAAGGGAGAAACCAAAAGGAAGACAAGGGUUGUGACAGACACGCUAAACCCAAUAUGGAACCAGACAUUUGAUUUCAUGGUAGAAGAUGCACUGCAUGAUUUGCUCAUGGUGGAAGUAUGGGACCAUGAUACAUUUGGAAAGGAUUACAUAGGGAGGUGCAUCUUGACGCUCACAAGAGUUAUACUUGAAGGUGAAUUCCAAGAUACCUUUGUCGUGCAAGGUGCCAAAUCGGGAAAACUGAACCUGCACUUCAAGUGGACGCCACAGCUAAUCUAUCGUGAUCGUGACCGGGACCAGUGA